AUGAGCGCGAAUCCGACCGGACAGGCUAGCCAGGCCAACGGCGCAGCCCGGCCACCAAACUCGGCACAGACACCGCGCAAAGGACCGCCAAACCCGAUGCUGCGACGGAAGCGGGUUGUCGACCCGCUGGUGGCCCGAAAAAAGCCGCUGCAGAGGCCUCCUUCGGUUCGCAACACGAGCGUUCUCUCGGGGGCGAUCCGAAAUGGGGUGACGUCGUUGAGCCUCCCGUCGGAAGCGCGGACGGUGAAUCUGAGCAACACGGAAGACGAGGCGAAGAAGGUGUCGUUUGAAGCACAGCGCAGCCUCAACGGCGGAUGGACAGACCCGGCCCCAACAACGGCAUACCGCGACUUUCCGGUUGUGACGACGAAACGGGCACUGAGAGAAGGCAUCCGCUACCAUGUGAUGCGAUUUGCUAAGGGGGGAAAGGGCGGGGAUGCCGAGGGCGAGAUCGAUCCUACGAACCAAGACGACUUUACGCGGCCGGUGUCGUUGCACCGUCGAGACCCACGGCAGCCGGCGCCAGGGCGUGCGGUCAAGGAACAAGAGGCGCCGGCAGCGGCGGCCACGGUGGACGAGACGGAAGCCGAGAAGGCUGCUCAACAGCGUGCGGAUCGCGAAGCACAGCGGCAGGUAGAUCUGGCGCAAAUUGCGCCUGUUGCAAAGGAAGCCAACGCGAAGAAGCCGCCACCGAACCAGAAGAAGGAAAAGCAGUUCCAGUUCUACUUUCCAAAGAACACGGCGGAGCAGAAGAAGGAGUCAGAGAUCCGGUACGAAGAGGCGCUUCCGUGGCACCUGGAGGAUGCAGACGGGAAAAACGUGUGGGUGGGGUCGUACAUUUCGGCUCUGUCAGAGGCAAAUGUUGCGCUGGUGAUCAGCGGGUCGGCAUUCCGGAUGGUGCCGCUGGAGAAGUUCUAUCGGUUCACGCCGAAGCCGCCUUUCCAGGCCUACUCGAUCGAGCAGGCGGAGGAGAUCAUGAGCAAGAAGAUGAGCGCCAGUCGGUGGGCGAUGCGCGACACGGAGAAGCGGAAGCAGGAGGACGAGCUGGAGGAGACCAGGAGGACGAUUGGCGGACGGUCUCGCGUCAAGCAGGAGAGCAGUACUUUCCGAUCGGCACCGCGGUCGGAGAAGAUGGAACACGACGACAUCGACAUGGAGGGAGAUGAGUUCCAGGACGACGACGAGAAUAUCAACUUGGAGCCGGACAAUGACGAGGACUCCAAGGUGACGCGAGAGCGUCUGCGGCGUAACCAUCUUGGGGCGAAUCUGUUUGGCGACGCGGACGAGAAGGAGGUAGACAAGGCAGAGGAAGAGGACAAGGUGGAAAAGAAGACGCGACAGCUUGGCAAGCACCUCCGCAAGGCACUGGCCAAGCGGGAGGACCACCUGGAGUACCUAGAAUAUGUGGACUCGGACACGAACUCUGAGAAGGAGGAUUUUUUGGAUCUCUCGAGCGACGAUGAGGACGACGAGGCGGACAGCGAGAAGAAAGACGAAGAGUCCAAGGCUAAGGCGGAAGCGAAGGAGAAGGAGAAGGAGAAAGAAAAGGAAAAGGAAAAAGAAAAGGCCGGGACGACGGGCGGGACGCCAAAGGGAAGCACGACGCCAUCGGGCAAGCACAGGACGGUGGAAGCGAAGGUGGGCGAGGGGGCGAAGAAGAGCAAGUCGUUGAAGCGGCCGGGAUCGCCGAACCUGUCAGAAUCGAGCGGGAACGAGUCGACGCGCAAGAAGGUGAAGAAGCACGCGAUGGGAUCGGUGCGGCCAAGCCGGUCGACGACGCCGAUGACAGGCCAGCCGCGGUCGCUGGUGAAGGGCGGAGCCUUGAGCGAUGGUGAGGGGACAGCUGGCGAGAUGUCGGAUGGGACGACCGGUGGCAAGAACCGGAUCAAAUUUGUGAAGAAGUCGGGGGGCGCGAUCAACACGCCGACGGGAUCACGGGCCUCGAGCCCCAACGCGAUUGCGAAUACGAACGUGAACACGGCGUCGCAAGGGCAGCUGGCAGGAAGACCGCGAUCGCCGAUCGGGGGCUCGUUGCCGUCGCGUGCAGCGUCGCCGAAUGGCGGCAAGGUGGAUGCGGCCGAGAUCAUCAGCAUGCUUCUUUCUGUGCCCGAAGGCAUCACGGUUAGCGGCCUGCUUCGGAUGUUUGGAAACCGUGUGGGCGAUGGGCCGAACCAGAUGAACCGUAAGGACUGGAUCAAGCUGGUCAAGGACAAUGCCGUCUUUGGCGAGGACAAGCUUCUGCGGGCCAGAGUGUCGAAGGAGUGA